GACCCGGAAGUGCCCGGGACACUGUGCACGUGCAGCUCCUGGACGGGGCGCGUACGUCACGACACUCAAUCUCAGUCAGAUGCAGGGCAGACCUCCCAACACUAUUUUACAAACCCGGGGUUAACUGGACCCUGGUCUGCCACCUGGCACCGAGGCCUGCAACUCACCAAGAAGGCCUAGCUGGGUGGGAGUAAACAGAAUGAGCGGAAAGAACCUUCUACUGAAAGUAAUCCUGCUGGGAGAUGGUGGAGUGGGCAAGUCCUCCUUGAUGAAUCGCUACGUCACAGACCGUUUCGACUCGCAGUCUUUUCACACCAUCGGCGUGGAGUUCCUGAACCGAGACUUGGAGGUGGACGGACGCCUGGUCACGCUCCAGAUCUGGGACACAGCAGGUCAGGAACGCUUCAAGUCCUUGCGCACACCCUUCUACCGAGGCGCAGACUGCUGCCUGCUCACGUUUGCGGUAAACGACCUGCAGAGCUUCCAGAAUCUGGGCUGUUGGAAGAAGGAGUUCAUGUAUUACUCCAAUGUUAAAGACCCUGAGAGAUUUCCCUUUGUGGUACUGGGUAACAAAGUGGACAUGGAGCAGAGGGUGGUGGGAGAGGACGAAGCACGGGCCUGGUGUGAGGAGAACGGCUGCUGUCCUUACUUUGAGACCAGCGCUAAAGAUGACACUAAUGUCACAGCUGCAUUUGAGGCGGCCGUCAAGGAGGUUCUGGCGGCUGAGGAUCCGAUUGACCACACACUGUUGAGCAGUACCAUCGACCUUCAUGGUAACCGUAAAACCUCUCGUUCAACUUGCUGCUAGUGGCACAGAUAUGAAUAAUCCUUGUUCUGGUUGGAACUUGCCUUUAUGGCAGCCGGUGGGACAUUGUGUUCGGUACACAUAUUUUAUUGAAUGAGGCAUUAUUGGUGAAACUGUCUGAGGAGGGUGGUGUUGGGUUUCACCUGAUAUUUGACUGUUGAAAUACUGCUUUUAUGGAGGUACGACUUACUGUUACAGGUACACUUAUGCCCUGCUCUCUCUGCUUUGACUGGUAAAGCACAAAAUGCUUUUUUCCAGCUUUAGCCUUUCACAUACCAUAUAAUGCAAUUAAGCAUUUCCUUAAAUCAGCCAGUUAAUACUGUGAAAGAGAGAAUAUAGCUGUCCUCUCUUGCAGAGCAGAAGCAAAAUCUACACAGUAAUACACAGCAUGUACUUUUUUUAUUGAGGGAUUUAAUACAGCAUUAAUGUAUUUUCUUCAUAUUUACCCAGUUUGUCAAUGUGUUCUGAAUGUCCCAUCAACAGUGGGAAAAGGUGGCUUUAGAAAAAGGAAGCGAAACGACUGCUGCACUGAAAAUGAAACUAGCCCUGUUUGGUUUUAAUAAGAAGGGAAUAGCGAGCUCUAAUUUUGCAGCUGUGUCUCGGGGCUAUUGGUACAGGAUAAUGUGGCAUUCGUUCAUUUUUACAUAUGUUUUGGCUACUGCACUACUUUGUAGCCGGAUGUGUCAGGGAAUCAACUGUAAUAGCUUUCUUAUCCCAUAAUAUCUUUUCAUCGUUGGAUACUUUACCCGGCAAAGCAAGGUUCCUCCCCGCCACAAAAUUUCCAAGUGGUACUGCCUCUGGUACUGUUGAUAAAGUAUUUAUUUUUCCUGUGAAGCACAUUUCCGUCCUCCAAAAUGUUUCUUUUUAAACAGAUUUUUUUACAUUUCUAUCAGAUAAUUGCAUAGGGCUUCCGUGUUUGUUUGGCAGAUUAAAGUCUUUCUCCCUUAUGGGAUUAGGACGUUGUAAUUAUAAAUCGCACCGUCCUAUUCCUGUGUCUGCCUUGUUGAUUACGCUGUAGGCCUUAACAUUCCAGUCUUUUAGCUCUGCUUUGCCUGAGGGUCUCCCGUGCAUUACUGAUAAAUGACAUAUUGCCUUUUGCUGUCAUUGCUGUCAUUAUAGGUCUCAACUGAAUGCUGCAUAGCUUGAACAGUCAUUAAUUCCUUUCCAUUCAUCAAGUAUUUAGUGAAACAUGUUGAGUAUUCCAAAAAGUUAAGGUUUACCUCUUGUUUAUAUCUAGGUGUUGCUUUUUUCUCAUUGUAUUUACAUGCUAAUUUGCAUGCCACAGGUACAUUUUGCUUUGAUUCCUUUUAUGUUACUGCUGUGGGUCAAAUGGCUUUUUGUUUUUUUGUGAUUCUAAACUCAUCCUUGGUUGCGGAUAAGUUAUUUAAAUUGGAUCUGUGUCAUGACCAAACUGGCUUCUGAGUUGGAUUUUCUAUAACACUUCCUACAGCAGCCAAUUGUUUGUUGCAUACAAUGUAAACAUUUAAAUGUAUGAUUACCCAAAGUUGUCACAGAUCUCAUUACGGCCCAGUGUUGUAAUCCCUCCUUCUUCUGUGUUGUUCUUGUUGACCCAUCAGCCUCAGACGAUGUUUGCCUCCCACGUUAAAAUGAGUCAUUUCAGUGUGAAUAUAAACAUAUGACGAGUAUUCUGGGUUUUACUGUGGCAGGUUACCAAAUCCUAUCAGGUACAGAUGUAUUGCAUUCUCUUUCCUUACAACAGGUACUUCUUUCACCUAACUGCUGUUUUAAGUUUUUUAAUUGUGUGAUCACUGCUCCUCACAACUUUUGUGCGAAUCUUCAAUGUGGUGCAAGGAUGCAUUUAAGGAAGCCGGGCUAGUAGAAUACGUGAAUUCAAAGUAUAAAGGAGGGUCUGUUACGUCAGUUUUUUUUUAAACCUAACAAAUUAUUUGGUCACCUUAUAGAGGUUCAGUUUUACUCUGCAUGGAAAAUGUAGCCCAAAACCUUGUUUACAUGAAAUCAAAUCUACCUUUGAAUCUUGUACUUAUAAGCUGGUAGCAUUACCAUCAGUAUGUCUCUCUAAUGUCAGUAUUUUUUAUGUUUCUGUAAAAUUUCUGAAUGUCAUAAUGAUUUAUUUGGGCUCCCCGUAUCGAUGGUUUAUGUGGAUGGAAAAGAACAUGGAUUUUCUAAACCCAAAAAAAAAAAAAAAAAAGACUGAACAUCGGUUUCACCCUCAGUACUCAGCCCAUGAGUGCAAUUUAAGCUGUGUGAAAGUCUGACUAUUCAUCUUGAUUGUGUGUUGAUCUAAUGGACGACUUCCCUUAUUCCUCUCUUUGCACUACUGAGAAUAAGACUGUGGGAAUACUCUCCAGUGCUUGGCUUCAAAUAAAACAUGCAUUGUACCAAAUG